AUGCUUGAAUACGUCUCGACCAUACAGGAUGCCGUCAUCAAGGCCCCCGCACAUCGUGUCACCGCACACUCGCAUUUCGACCUGACCUUCUCCAUCGACGACGGCCAGACCCCCAUCCGCCUCACGCUCGAACCCAACCACGACAUCCUCCACCACGAAUUCUCCGUCACCACCCUGGACGCCGACGGCCGCGUCAAGGAGGUGGACGGCAACGUCCAGCGAAGCGCCCACCGCGUCUUCAAGGGCCGUGCCUCGGUCCGCCACCCCGGCCACGGAGGCUGGGCCGACGCCGGCUGGGCCAGGAUCACCGUCCACCGCGACGGCCUCGAGCCCGUCUUCGAGGGCGCCUUCAAGAUCUACGGCGACGCCCACCACGUCCGCACCGCCGCCCACUACCAGCGCGAGAGGCACGAAGAGGACCCCAGCCUGGCCGACGCCGACCUCGACAACACCAUGGCCGUCUACCGCGAUUCGGACAUCGCCCGCCCCGGAUCCUCGGCCUUUGACCGCGCCGCCGAGCUGAGGCGCCGGUACCUCGACCCCGAGCCCAACUGCGACGCCGACUCGCUCGACUUCAACAGCCGCUUCGCGCACCGCGACGUGCCCAGGGCUCGGUCCGCCUCCUCCCUGGCUACCAUGAACAUGCGCUCCCUGCUUGGCCGCCAGAUGGACAGCGUCGACUCCGACAGCGGCACCAACCUGAUCCCCAGCAUCGGCUCGACGACCGGGUGCCCGACGACGCGCAAGGUGGCCCUGGUCGGCAUCGCCACCGACUGCAACUACCUGGACGCCUUCGGCGGCGACCGCCAGGCCCUGCGCAAGAACGUCAUCAGCGUCGUCAACCAGGCCUCGGCCCUGUACGAGGACACGUUUAAGAUCUCUCUGGGCAUCCGCAACCUGACCAUGAUCGACCAGUCGUGCUCCGAGUCGUCGGCCAACUCGGCCCCGUGGAACGUCGCUUGCAGCGACGACACCGAGAUCGACGACCGCCUCAACCUCUUCUCCCGGUGGCGGGGGGACAACCCGGACGACAACGCGUACUGGACCCUGCUGACGACGUGCAACACCGGAUCGGCCGUGGGGCUCGCGUGGCGCGGCCAGCUGUGCCGCACGGGCGCCUCGUCGGCCCAGGGCAGCUCGGGCGAGAACGAGACGGUGGCCGCCGCCAACGUGGUGGUGCGCACGUCGUCGGAGUGGCAGGUCUUCGCGCACGAGACGGGCCACACCUUCGGCGCCGUGCACGACUGCACCACGGACGCCUGCCCCGUCAGCACCGACUCGCAGUCGUGCUGCCCGCUCAGCUCGUCGACGUGCAGCGCCGGCGGCCAGUACAUCAUGAACCCGUCGACGGGCGACGGCAUCGACGAGUUCUCCCCCUGCAGCAUCGGCAACAUCUGCUCGGGGCUCGCGGCCAACGUCGACGGCGAGUGCCUGACCGACAACCAGAACGUCGGCACCAUCACGGGCAAGCAGUGCGGCAACGGCAUCGUCGAGGAGGGCGAGGACUGCGACUGCGGCGGCACCGACGGCUGCACCGAAAACGACUGCUGCAACCCGACGACGUGCAAGUACCAGGGCGAGGCCGAGUGCGACCCGACCAACGAGGCCUGCUGCACCGACAGCUGCAGGUUCGCGUCGGCGUCGACGGUGUGCCGCGCCAGCAGCGGCGAGUGCGACCCGGAGGAGACGUGCUCGGGCGACAGCGGCGACUGCCCGGCCGAUCAGCAGCGCGACGACGGCACGUCGUGCGGAGACUCGGGCGACGGGCUCCGCUGCGCCUCUGGCAAGUGCACGUCGCGCGACGCGCAGUGCCGGGCCUCGCUGGGCAACAGCACCAGCAUCACGUCGUGCGGGUCCUCGGACCUCUGCGUGCUGGCGUGCUCGAACCCGGACUCGGGGUCCGACCAGUGCACGCUCAACAGCCAGAACCUGGUGGACGGCACGCCGUGCAGCGGCAACGGACACUGCGACGACGGCGAGUGCAAGGGGGCCUCGACCUGGGGCCGCAUAGAGCAGUGGUUCCGCGAGAACGAGAAGAUUGCCAUACCCGUCGGAGUGGUGCUGGCCGUCCUGCUGGUCCUGUCCAUGGCGUCCUGCAUCUACACUCGGUGCCGGAGGACGUCGCGCAACAAACGGAGGGCCAAGGCCGCCGCCGCCGCCAUGUCGGGUCCCGGCUCGGCAGAGCCGCUGUACAUGUCUGGCGGGGCCGUGCCGGGGAACACGCCGCGUCCGCCGCCGCCGUCUUUCGUGCCUGAGCCGCCGCAGUACGGAGCGCCGCCGCCGCAGUAUGGAGCGCCACCGCAGUAUGGAGCUCCGCCGCAGUACGGAUACGCCGCUGCUCCUAAUGAUCAGUCCUGGCCCGGCCAAAGUACGAGAUAUGCUUAG